AUGGCGGGCCAUGCCCAAGACCUAGAGAAGCAAAGCACGGCUACCCGUCCCGAGACCCCACCAGCCCAUCAUCAUGACCACCGGGUCCCGUCUUUGGCCCUCGAGAAGGAUGUGUUAACCACGGUGACCCGACGGAGCCUUACCACCUCCCACACCCACUCCUCCACCGACGCGGACCCCCUUUCGCCUCUCGAGCAAGCCCUUGCAAGACCCCUAUCUAGUGCCGACAUCGAGCAACUCCCGCCAGACGACCCAGACGAUGACGACGACGACGAUGGCGCUAACCAAAACAACAAAAACAAUGACCCGCUCCACCUCACCCGCACCCGCACCUCGGCCAUCUCUUCAGCCUCCCGCCUACCAGACUUUGAAGUCACGCUCGAAGCCGACGACCCCGAGAAUCCGCGGAACUGGCCCCUCUGGUACCGCGCGUACACGGUCCUCUCGGUAUCCUACGCCACCUGGGUGGUGGUGCUGUACUCGACCAGCUACACGGCCAGCAUCCCGGGGGUCAUGGCCGAGUUUGGCGUCACCAGCCGCCCGCUGGCCACCCUGGGCCUGACCUCGUACCUGCUGGGCCUGGCGGCGGGCAGCGUGGUGGUGGCCCCCAUGAGCGAGAUCUACGGGCGGCGCGUGGUGUAUCUGGUGUGUUUGGGCGUGUUUGUGGUGUUGAUUGUGCCUUGUGGGCUGGCAAACGGGCUGGCGGAGCUGGUCGUGGUCCGGUUUAUUGGGGCCGUCUUCGGCGCCGCCAUGAUUUCCAACAGCCCCGGCACGGUGGUCGACAUUGCCGGCCACGAGACGCUGGCGUUGUGCAUGUCGUGGUAUAGUAUCGCCCCUUUAAACGGACCAGUGACGGGCCCGCUGAUCGGAGGGUUUGUGUACGAGUACCUGGGGUGGCGCUGGGCGAACUGGAUCGCCCUGAUUCUUGCGGGCGUCGCCGUCGUCAUGAUGGCCCUGGUCAAGGAGACGUACGCGCCGGCGCUGCUCAAGAAGAAGGCGGCCAAGAUGCGCAAGGAGACGGGCGACGACAGGUGGUGGUGCCGCCAUGACCAGCGCAUCUCCACCCUGGACUUGCUCAAGACCAACCUCAGCCGGCCGUUUGUGCUCGCCGCAACGGAGCCCAUCUUGUGGUUCUUUAACAUCUGGAUCUCCGUCAUAUACGGCAUCCUCUACCUCUGCUUCGUCGCCUACCCCAUCGUCUUCACCCAACACCGUGGCUGGUCCGUCUCCAUGACCGGGCUCGCCUUCCUCGGCAUCGGCAUCGGCACGCUCUUGGGCAUCGCCAUGGAGCCCGUCUGGCGCCGCCUCAUCAACAACUCGCCCAAAAAAGACCCCGACACGGGCCGCGCCGCCCCCGAAGCCACGGCCCUGGUCAUGUGCAUCGGCGCGCUCCUCACCCCCUUAGGCCAGCUCGUCUUCAGCUGGACCUGCCUCCCCGCCACCAUCCACCCGGCCAUCCCCAUCGCCUUCGGCAUCCCCUUCGGCAUGGGCAACACCCUUUCCUUCAUCUACGGCUCCAACUACCUCGCCGGCGCCUACGGCAUCUACGCGGCCUCCGCCAUGGCCGGCAACGCCGUCAUGCGCUCCGUGUUCGGCGCCGCCCUGCCGCUGGCCGGGCCCGCCAUGUACGCCGCGCUGACGCCCCAGUGGGCGGGGACGUUGCUGGGCCUGCUGGAGGUGCUGCUGAUUCCGAUCCCGUUCGCGUUUUAUCGCUAUGGGGACCGGAUCCGUGAUCGGAGUCGCGUGAUCAGGCAGAUGCGGGAGGAGAAGGCGAGGGGGGAGAGGAGGGCGGCGAGGUUGGCGGCCAGGAGGGAGAGGGCGGAGAAGAGGGCGGCGGUGGAAGCGAUAGUGGAGGGUGUGGAGGGGGCUGAGGCUUCUUCUUCUUCUCCUGUGGCUUCUGUGGUUGGGGGUGCGGGGAAGAAGGGGGAGGAGGAGAGGGAGCAUGCAGCUGCGCAAGGGGCGAGGAUGGCUUGA